GAAAAUGUAUACCAAGCAGGUGAAGACUUCUGCUAGAAUAUCUACAUCAAGGAGUCCUGUGUUGGCGAACAAUGCAGCGUAGUUACGACAGAGACUCUUGUGACUGAGUACAAAUGGUGUUCGCACGGAUCCUUUCUCAGCGAAAGCACGAAUCCAAUUGAAAAGAUCUUCAAGGAGAAUCAAAACAGAAGUGCAUACCUGAACAGCGGCAGUAGUCGCUACUGAUGAGGGAUCAUAAAAUCUUCUCCGUCACUGCUUCGUUUCAAAAUGGCCAUUGAGUGACAAAAAUAUCCAGGCUUAGUUUUGAGUUGUGCUUAGUUUUGAGCUGUUUCCUGUUCUGAAAAAAGGAUUGUGAGUAUCACAACUGCAACUGUAGUGACAAAAGAUUGUUGUGCUCACUGAUUCAACAAUUGGCUUCAACAAUUGGUUUCAACAAUUGGUUUCAACAACUGGUUAGGCCAGUGGCAUUACAGCAGGUGGGCAGAUGUCUAGAGGCAUCUGCAAUCCUGUUUAGCGUCCUCUAGAACAUGACGGACGAUAGGUCUAGGUGGAAGACGAAACGAAGAGGAUAGAAAGAUGAUCGAUGAUAAUCGGAAGAUAGGCAUGGGCCUUUGUGCCCUUGGCCUGGUACUAUCUCAUUCUACAUAGGAGUAAGUAUUUAGUUUAGUAAGAAAUGUGUGGUGUAGGCUAGUCAAGAUAUUACACACUACUCAUUUCCAACUGCAUCAAAACUACUACAAUCUGUCUUUCCUUUUUAUCUGUGUAACAUCACAUUGCCACCCGGUAACAUCACAUUUCAUCAAUCAACAACCUCACCACAGCUGCUGAUCUUCUUGGGAUGCGUAUUCUUGUUCGAUCGGGCGCUUCUAACACUGGGCAACCUGGCAUUUGUUGGGGGCCUGGUGUUUGUCCUAGGUCCAGAAAAAACGACGAAAUAUUUCGUGAAGAAAACAGUGCCCUCACUGAUAUUUUUCUCCGGAGUGGUCGUCAUCAUAUAUGGGUGGCCAUUUGUGGGUACUAAAAGUGUUAGAUUUUCUUGUUAAAGGUGGAUGACAAGGACGUACGAAUUCCUUUUCAGACAGCUUCUCAACUUCUUAACUGCAGGUUGAACUAGUUCUAAUAACAACUUUUUUUGUUAAACAACAUAGUACAAAUACUUUAUCACGAAACAACAAACAUCAAAUCAUAGGUUUCUGUCUCGAGAUGUAUGGAGUUUGGAAGCUGUUUGCGACCUUCCUCCCCAAUGUGAUAGCGACGUUGAAGAUGAUACCUGGAGUGGGUCAGGUCCUAGAAACGCCACCAAUAAGUUACGCCUGUGACUACAUAAACGAUAAUCGCAGACUUCCCGUAUGAGGUGGAGUCCCUCGUCCCCCGGUGAUGACAGACCUUUCCUCCUCUAGCAUCCAUCCCACACUCCUUCGAAGUUGUAAUCCCCAAACCCAAUGUGCUUCCCACCUCGCAGAUCGUACUUUCUCAUCGCACCUGUGUCAGCUGUGACACCCACCUCAAUUAGAAAUGCUUGGCUAGUUCUAAAUGCGCACAAAUGAUGACUUUUUUCGCUAGAUGCUACGCUUUUAUGUGUCCGCUGAAU